CUGCUUUUGGUUCCUAGCCCAAUGGGGCCAGUCCCAGGGGCUUCCUGGCAAAAAAGCGGAGCCCGUUUUCCGAGUCCCCAUGGCGGCACCCUCUGUGUUCCCUUUCAGGGCUGGAGUCAGGCAGUAUUGGUCUUACGGGAAAGCUGAGAACCAUGCUGGCUAAGUGACUGAGGGCUACACGUUGUUAGGUUUUUUGAGUGUGGGAUAAAGUGUUUGGGGUUCAGGUUUUCUGUGUUAACAGUGGGCAGCUUCAGAGAGGCCAAGGAUGUCAAGGGGAGAGCACUAGUCUUAUUUCAUCCCACCUCAUUUUGACAUGAGGCCCAGUGAAAGAAAAGGAGUUGUCUUUGUGGUAGAGCUGGAGCCUGAUUCCUAGCCUCCUUCCCCUGCUCUGUCCACGCUUGCUGCUGCAGUCAGCCGGUGGUAUUUAUGGUGGGCAUCACUAAAGUGGAUGCCUUUUUUAGAGAUGAUCUCUUUGGGGCUUCAUUGUUCCUGAACUCUUUUACAGCCUCCUGACCUUCACCCCAAGUCUUUAGCCUUUACCUUGCCCAGUGGGGAAAGUGACUAUUUGGCCUCAGCUGUGGGAGGCUGGCCUUUCCUGCUCUAGACACUUGGCUCUCACUCCUUUGGGUGUGUGACCCAAGACUUGUCUUGUUAAGUGAGAGCGAAAGGCGUUUUCUUGGCAGGGCUGGGUCUGGCCAGCCAAGUAGGUGGAAGGGUGUCCUUUUCUGUCCAGCUUGGGGCCCAUGAUACGUGGCUUCAAUGUGGUGUCUAGGGACUUCUCUAAGGUUCCAGCAUGAGCCAGUCUUUGCUGCCGUUUCUCGUUUGAACCUGAACUUUUUGCUGAACUGGCCUUGAUUGCUGGGAUUCGCAGGCUGUGUGUUCUGAGGAUGUGCUCUGAGCCUGCCUAUCAGUGUUCCUGUGAGCCUACAAGCCUCCCCACACAGACCUAGCCUUCCCAGGCUCCCAGCCCAGACCCGCGAGCUAAUGACAUAGAGCAGGCUGCAGGUCAUCAGGCUCGGGGUCAGUCGGUGGGACAGCCAGCAGCCUCUUGGCAACAGAAGUGGUAAAGAGGCAAGGAAGGAGUGCCAGAAAGGGCUCUUGCCCCUGGAGGAGCGCUCAGAAGUGCAGGGGGUGGAAAAGGGGUGGGGCAGGAGCCCACUGGUAGGAAUUGCUCCCUCUGUGAAUGAUUAACUCUCCGGCCAGAGCUGGUGGCCUAGGGGUAGGACUCAGCUAACAGGACCUUUGGACUCAGGACAGAGUGUCCAGAGGACCAGAGGAUAGCCUGCAGAAGAGGAGGACAUGGCAGCCAUGGGUGCCCGGUGGUGCUGAGAGCAGUGGGGCAUGGCUGCAGUCCUGCAGGUUCUGCCCUGCGUGGCCCGAGCCCCCUUGCGCCCGCUCCUCUCGGGGGGCCCAGUGGUCCGGCAGGCCAGUGGCAUGGCCCUGGCAGAGCAGGCUCAGCAGCUCUUCGAGAGCACUGUGGGUGCUGUGCUCCCAGGCCCCAUGCUGCACCGGGCACUGUCCUUGGAUCCCGGCAGCGGGCUGCUGAAGGUGCGGGAUCGGAGCUUUCAGCUGCGGCAAAACCUCCACCUGGUGGGCUUUGGCAAGGCUGUGCUGGGCAUGGCCGCUGCAGCUGAGGAGCUCCUGGGCCAGCAUCUCGUGCAGGGUGUGAUCAGCGUGCCCAAGGGGAUCCGGGCUGCCAUGGAGCGUGCUGGCAAGCAGGAGAUGCUGCUGAAGCCACAUAGCCGUGUCCAGGUAUUCGAGGGUGCAGAGGACAACCUGCCAGACCGUGAUGCACUUCGGGCUGCACUGGCCAUCCGGCAGCUGGCUGAAGGUCUCACAGCGGACGAUCUGCUGCUUGUACUCAUCUCAGGUGGGGGCUCAGCCUUGCUGCCCGCGCCUAUCCCCCCCGUGACACUGGAGGAAAAGCAGACACUCACCAAGCUGCUGGCAGCCCGCGGGGCCAACAUCCAGGAGCUGAACACCAUCCGGAAAGCGCUGUCUCAGCUCAAGGGUGGGGGGCUGGCGCAGGCCGCCUACCCUGCCCAGGUGGUGAGCCUGAUUCUGUCAGAUGUGGUGGGGGACCCAGUGGAGGUGAUUGCCAGCGGCCCCACGGUGGCCAGCGUCCACAACGUGCAAGAUUGCCUGCACAUCCUCAAUCGCUAUGGCCUUCGUGCAGCCCUGCCACGUUCUGUGAAGACUGUGCUGGCUCGGGCUGACUCUGACCCUCACGGGCCACACACCUGUGGCCACGUGCUCAACGUGAUCAUCGGCUCCAACGUACUGGCACUGGCUGAGGCCCAGCGGCGGGCCGAGGCACUGGGGUACCGGGCCGUGGUGCUGAGCGCAGCCAUACAGGGCGAUGUGAAAAGCGUGGCCCGGUUCUACGGUCUGCUCGCCCAAGUGGCUGGAGCCCACCUCACCCCGCCUGGGACUGCAGCCUCCAUGGAGCAGGAGGAACAACUCCACGAGCUGGCAGCUGAGCUCCAGCUCCCGGACCUGCGGCUAAAGGAGGCUCUGGAGACCGUGGUGGGGGCUGGGGGCCCCGUCUGCCUACUGGCUGGUGGCGAGCCCACUGUGCAGUUGCAGGGCUCGGGAAAGGGUGGCCGGAACCAGGAACUGGCUCUGCGUGUUGGAGCAGAGCUGGGACGGUGGCCACCGGGGCCUGUAGAUGUGCUGUUUUUGAGUGGUGGCACCGAUGGGCAGGAUGGGCCCACGGAGGCAGCCGGGGCGUGGGUCGUGCCUGAGCUUGCCAGCCAGGCUGCCGCUGAGGGCCUGGACGUGGCCUCUUUCCUAUCCUGCAGUGACUCACAUACCUUCUUCCGCUGCUUCCACGGCGGGGUGCACCUGCUGCACACAGGGCUGACUGGCACCAACGUCAUGGACGCCCACCUCCUGUUGCUGCGGCCGCGGUGAUGGUGUAGGUCAUGUUUUAGGAGUACAGAGGAGACCUACAGGGUAGCAGCCUGGGGCAGACCAGGGUUGGUCCCCAAGGCCUCAGCAGGCCUGAGGGCCCCUUUUCUCCUUGGUUCUGGCUGCCUGGGCGACCCUGACACCUCAUACCCAGGGCCUCUGCUCUGUGUUCGUUCCCCCAGCCAGACUGGCCCAUGGGGGCUCUCUCCUCUCCCCCCUUUCUGCCAUGACAGCAGCUAACCCUGAGGACUGGGAUGAGCCCCUUGGCCUGUUUGCUAUUCUUGGUCUUCCCCAACAGUGGGCAGCCCCUCUGCCAAGCUCCUGAGUGUCUUUUCUGUGGGGUGAAGUGAGAAGGACUGCAAAUAAAAAGAACCACACUAUGGGUU